AUGGAGUUUUCCAAUCAAUCUCUUGUCACUCAGUUUAUUAUUGUAGGCUUUCCUGAUCUUGGUGGAUAUGAGGCCUUGUUAUUUAUUUUCCUAAGUAUCGCCUACAUAUUCACCCUCAGUGGUAAUAUCACAAUAAUUACCCUCAUCCUUAAUAAUCACAAGCUUCAUGUUCCUCUUUAUCUGUUUGUUGCUGAACUUUCCUUUUUGGAAAUCUGGUAUACCACUGUUACAAUACCGAAAAUGUUGUUAAUUUUGCUGAAUGUUAAGAUAAUCCCUUAUGUUGGGUGUUUGUUGCAAAUGUACUUUUUUCAUGUCCUAGGUGCCACAGAAACGUAUCUUCUAACAGCAAUGGCCUUUGACCGAUAUAUGGCCAUAUGCAACCCUUUAAGGUACCCAUCCAUAAUGACUAUCAUAUCUUGUUUUGAGCUGGCAGCUUGCUGUUGGGUUGUUGGCUUCCUAGGACCUUUAACACAAAUUAUCCUGUUGUCUCGUCUUAUAUUCUGUGGCUCAAACAGAGUUGAACAUAUCUUCUGUGACUUCAAUCCAGUGAUGAACUUGGCCUGUUCAGAUUUUUCACUCAAUAUUAGAGUUAACUUUACCAUCAAUUCCUUUCUUCUCUUCUUUGCUUUCACCUGCAUCAUUCUAUCCUAUAUUAAAAUAAUAUCCACUGUGUUAAAAAUAAAGACAUCAGAAGGCAGAAAAAAAGCAUUUUCUACAUGUGGAGCUCAUCUAACAGUGGUCCUUCUUUUCUUUGGUAGUGCCUGUUUUAUGUAUGCUAGACCGAUCAAAACUCACACUGUAAACUAUGACCGCAUACUGGCUGUGAUUUACUCAGUUUUAACACCAAUGUUCAAUCCAGUUAUUUAUAGCCUAAGGAAUCAAGAAAUUAGAAAUUUACUGAAGAAGAAGUUAUUAGAAAUAUUUUAG